AUGAUCAUCAUCACCACAAGCCUCCAUAGUCUCCCUUUAUAUUGGCCAGCUCCGGACACCCUUCAUCAUGUUGUCGGCCUCUAGCCUCCCCCUCUCCCACCCCAGAAACCUCUGAUCUCUCUCUCUCUCUCAAAGUUCCAUCGAAUUAGUUCUAAUCCCCACUGUGUUCAGAGCCAUCCCACUUGCAGCCAUCUCUCUCUCUCUCUCUCUCUCUCUCUCUCUCUCUCUCUCUCUCUCAAAGUUCCAUCGAAGUUCUUAUUCCCAGUGUGUUCAGAGCUAUCCCCCACUUGCAGCCAUCUCUCUCUCUCGGCUUAGUUCGAUUGAAGUUUUCAUUCCAUUGUGUUAGGCAACACAAAACUCUACACAAAUAUAUAUCCUUCUCUCUGUCUCCAGAAUUCAAUCAAAUUUUUCACUUCCAUUGUGGUUUAGGAUCGGAGGCAUAACACUCAGAAUCCCAUCUCACCCCCCUCCCCCCCUCUCCCUCUCUCUCCUCCAUCCGUGUACCAUGAAACACCAAGAAUUCACCCUCCAAAGAACCACCAGCACCGCCAGAAGCACCAGAAGGAUCCUCCCAUCCAACCAUACUCGUUCUUCGUCAUCUUUCCCGCCCGAAGCCGACGAAAUCUCCGACAACCUCCUGAUCGCAAAACAAUACUCCCCCAUCUCACUUCACCGGGACCGGGACCAAAACCCUCCCACCGGCAAACCUCAGUACACCAAAAAGCUAUCCUCCCUCCUCCGCUCCCUCCUCAGCCUCCUCUCCUUCCCCCCCAUCCUCCCUACCUGCAAAUGGCUCUCAAUACCUUCUCAACUCUCCCUUAACCCUUCUAUCGGCCGCAAAGUCACCGGCACCCUCUUCGGUCUCCGCCGCGGCCACGUCAGCUUCGCCGUCCAGCUCGAUCCCCGCUCCGAACCCCUUCUACUCCUCGAGCUCGCCAUGUCAACUUCAUCCUUAGUCAAAGAGAUGUCCUCCGGUCUAGUUCGCAUCGCGCUCGAGUGCGAGAAGGUUAGCCCAGCUAAUCAACCCGGUCGGUUCAGGAAGCUGUUCCAGGAACCGACGUGGACCAUGUAUUGCAAUGGCAGGAAGUGCGGGUACGCGGUAUCGCGCGCGUGCGGGGAGUUUGACUGGCACGUCCUGGGUACGGUGCAGAGCGUUUCGGUCGGUGCCGGAGUGAUUCCUGUGGUGGAUGACGGGAAAAAAAGUGGUGGCUCGGAAGGGGAGAUGCUGUAUAUGCGAGCGAGAUUUGAGCGAGUAGUCGGAAGUCGCGAUUCCGAGGCGUUUUACAUGAUGAAUCCGGACGGUAAUGGAGGGCCUGAACUUAGUAUUUUUCUUCUCAGAAUAUGAAGAGCCAACGAUGAAAACGCAUCAAGAAAAAAAAAAAAAAUAUUAAAGGAAAUUUAAGAAGGCUAUCGAAGACUAGUCAUGUAUUAUGUUGUUGGCAGUUGGGGGAUUUAAAUUUAGGAAAGAAGCUGUGUUUAGUUAAUUCCGUUGUAUGGUAUAUUUUCUCUAUGCAUAUUACCAUGUGAUUUGA